AUGCCAGCGCCGCAAGCGACUGUACGUCACAACUUAGCAUACUAAAUAAAUAGCUCCUGUUUCGGUUUAUUAAUAACUGAACCAAGUUAAAGUGUAUCCAAUUUAAUUUAGUUUGUUUUUGAAAUGAAGUGCAAAAAUAUUAUGUGUCAAUUAUGCUAAGCUUCAUGAAUUGAAAUGCAGUCGAGUCCCUUAACGGCCCGACAGAGGGCCAAGCAGCUCCUGAAAUCCAAAGAGAACUUGAUCAGUAAUUUUGUUAUUGAGGAUACCAUAAAAUCUAAAGACGUGUGCGGUUCCGAACAUCUGCCAGAAGUCGAGAUCUUCAGUCUCCUCGAAGAACAGAUCCCGAGAUACAAAUUGAGAUCGGACGCUCUCACCGAAUUCGCCGGAUACGAAAAUCAGGACUGGUUCAUACCCAGUCCAGCGCUUCCACCUAGUGACGCUCACGAGAAACUAUCGCCUGAUCAGAUCAGGGAGACCCUGAAUUAUUUCGGUGAGUCUUUUUUUUUAAUUACAAAACAAUAGACCUGGUUUUGGAUA